CAAGAGAGAAUUCUAUAGAGCUUCUUGUAAACGCUGGAUGUUUUAACGUCAUAUUUUUCGGAUUAUAAUAGACAUUUGGAGUGGUAACAGGGACAGCACAAACGCAGUCCCAGUUACUAAAAAUUAUGCGUAGUCUUGUUGUUACAAGAGCCAUAUCCAAAGGACACGAGGGCUAACAAAGAGGCCACAGUGGGUUUUACAAUUGUACACCCGACAGUGAUAUCGAUCUAACCUAGUUCGUAUUCGAAAAUGUGAAAGCUAUUAGCGGUCAUUGUGCGCGUCUGAAGUGUUUUGACGAAGACUACGACAGGGAAGGGAAAUAAAAGAUAAAAAAAUUGUAAUUGUAAUUCUCUAUAAAGAAUAUAUUCGUACGAGAGAAAGAAGAACACCGUGAAAAAUAAUUCGGCUGAGAUUGUGCCUAAAUAUAGGUUAGGUCAGGUUAGCUCAUACUCGCACAGACUCAAGUAUGUCAGAUAAGGAGACAAGCGACGAGAUGCAAAUAAUAUCCGAGAAAUUGCAGGCUGCCACGACGAUCGAACCGGUGACACACAACGCGUUGCAGUCACAGCAAGCCUGCAGGAGUUCACGGAAGGUCAACAACAAUGUCUCAUCGCCGUGCCAUCCGGCGAUGGACGACAAAAAGACCUCUUGCGUCGUCGGCACAACCACCAGCACCGUCGCAGACUACAACGUCGUGACGAGGAACCUGCCUGAACUCAAUCUACCUGAAAAGAUUCUCAUUGUCAUCGACACGAUGAGAGAGCAGCAAUGCACACCCUUCAAGCUCGGCACGGGUGCAAUGUAUUCGCCGCUCUACAUGAUCAAACGUGCGAUCGAAAGCUUCGUGCACGCCAAGUCCACCAUACAGAUGAAUCACGAGUUCGCGCUGAUGAUCUUGGAUUCGCGAAGCACGCAUUGGCUUUGCGACUAUACCAACGACAUCAGGAGCGUGCUGAAUCACUUGGACGGCGUCACCGAAGACGUAGCGGAGGAGCAACAGCGAAUCUACGAUCUGGACCAGCUGUUUGAGAAGAUAUACAAACGAAUCGCGAUGCCGAUAACAAAGGAGCAGGGCGCGUCGUUGGCUCCCAAUUUCACAUCUCGCGUCAUCCUCAUCUACGGUCGUUCCAACUCGAUCCCCAAGUUCAACAGCGGUCAAAAAUACCUGUAUAAUCUGGUGGAUAACCCGUAUUUCUUCUUAGAUGUGUUGUUCGUCCAUGAGCCACCUAGUGAAGACAACAUGUGCGAAGAGGUGUAUGCUGAGAUCGCUACAUUGGACACAACGAAUCUCUCGUAUAUUUUGGAGGUUGGCCGGAGUGCGGCCAACAUACACAACAACAUGGCCAAGCUACUGGCGCACCCGUUGCAGCGGCCAUUGCAGAGCGACGCUUCGUACACCUUGAACUUGUCGCAGACGACUCAGGAAUCACAUACUAACGUGUUCGUAAAGUAAGUCGGCUGCGAGCGAACGGAUCGAGUACACGGCGUAUCGUAGCAAAGCGAAUCUAAAGAUUAAGAAUUUCAGAUCGCAACGAAGUAGGGUGUUACUUUGCGUGAACUGUAAUGCGCUUCUCCCACAUACUCUGAUGUCAGACUCGUUGUCAUUUUACAUGGAAAAAAUGCUAUUGUAUAAUGCUUGGUUUCAAAACGGUUCGAAUAUUUUUGUUUCGAUGCAAUUUCACACACGCACAGCCGAUGGUCCCAUGAGAGAACUUGUCUUCUGGGAAUUAACAAAUUCUUGUUUCUUUCGAAAUAUUCAAGAGCAUUGAAACCAAGUGUAUCACGUAGAAUUGGUCAACAGUCUCAGUCGCUAUUGAAAUAGGAACAUCUCCGACCACGGCAUUGUUGACAAAGUCUAUCGAUCGAGAACAGCAUUUUUUCUUCAUUUAUAUGUACUUGUUUCUCCCGUCUUAUACAAUUUUGUACCGUCUACAGGAGUCGCGUGUCGUCGCGCGACCUCCUGGCUCGUCAACGACUGUUAAAGCCGCACGACGCAGCGCUCGGUCGUCAGGUGCGCCGAGAACUUGUCCUUGCGCGCGAAGCUGCGUCCGCAGAUGCGACACGAGAACGGUCUCUCACCGGAGUGCACUCGUCGGUGUCGCGUGAGAUUUGACGCGUACGAAAACCUCUGCGGACACUCGUCGCACGUGUACGGCUGUUCGCCGGUGUGCGUUCGCCGGUGCUUGUUGAGGUCGCCCGUGUGAUGGAACUCUUUUCGGCAGAACUCGCACAUCAAACGGCGUCGUUGCCGUCGUCUCUUCACUCCGUCGUAGCCGGCGUCUCGAUCCUGUUCGUUUGCUUCAGCCUCGCGCUGGAGCACCACGCUGGACGUUUCUUCAGGUUGAUGUCUCGCUGUUAACGCGUCGCCGAUUGUCGUCGAGUCAACGUCGACUUGAUCCCGUGUCCGAGAAUCGUCGUAGACAUGCGUCUUCUCCUGGACAACCGCCGGAUCGCCACUUGAAACACCUCGGUCGAUUGUUCCCAUCCUUCGGCUCGGACCCUCAGCGUCGCGAACUCUUCUCGCGAUUAUCCCUUCGAUGGACAAACGCAAGUCGGUCUUCUCGAAAUGAUCCUCGAUCUUGUUGAUACAAGCAGCACAAACUGUGUUCAGAAUCUAGACACGGCAGCAGAAGCGGGAGCGUUAGCGUACUCGUGUGGAGAAGAGCGUGGAUCGAGUGAGUGAAGUUUCUCGAUCAUUUCCACAUCGAGAGAUUUUUAUAAAUUCAUCGUUGCCCUCCACAACGGUG